CACUGUAGGAUGUGAAAUACAGGCUUCAGCCUGUGACUGUCACUCCUGGACUAUUCCCCAGGUUCUUGGGGUGUUGAGGGAGGGACAUGGAACCCCAGAACUCUUUUAAAAAUCCAUGUCACCUGCUCUGGGGACAGCCCUGCUGUCCCCAGCACAUGGCCCUGCCGGAGGCAAUGAUGGGACAGACCUGAGGGUGUCUGAGCUCAGAGAUGUCCCUGACAACUCUGCAAGGCUGAGUUAUGUGGAGUCGUCAUGUUAACGUACAGCCUGUGAGAAAGAUAGGAGAAAUACCGCCACACAGAGAUCCAUAUUUUUCCCCACUGAGUAAAAUACUGUGUAAUUUUAUCUAGUUACUAUAAAACAGUUUAUACUCCUUGUUUAUAAAAAAAAAAAAAAAAGAGAGAAAAACCCAUAUUUCACUUCCGCUACUGACAGGCUAUGGAGAAAAAAUAGAUGGUUUUUUCUGCAUUUAAUAUUUCAAACCAAGUAGACCCAAAAGAAAAGGCAGCAAUUAACCACAAGUACCAGCAAUGUGUUCCUUGUGUUUCUUCUCUCUGGAUUUGGCUACAAAGAACCAGUUCAGUACAAACUUAUUUACAGUCAUGUUAAAUCCUUUAGCAAUUAUUUUCCAGGCUAGGCAGGAAAGCAGUGCAGCUGCCAUGCUCACCUUCCAGACCACAGACUUCUGCGAUGAGACCUGCACUUCACAUUUUGUCAGGAUUUAAAUCCUUUACAGGAUAGUUCGGAAAUGGCUAGCACAUAUCUGACCAUAUGUUGGAGUAAGUUUAUACAUAUGCACAGGGAAGUAAAUUUAUAAGCCUGGCAGAACCCCAAAAAGGGGCCAAAUGGUAAAAAGGGCAUCUAUUGUGGUGCAGGUUCUCUACCUAAGAACACAUAAAGGUGCAUAUGUAGGGCUAUGUAUUUUCCCCCUUCCACUGACCUGCCCUGUGGCUCCAAGUGACAGAAGGAGAGAGACCUGAGCAUCAUCUUGCCCACAUCUGAAUCACCUUACCGUUUGUGCUUGGCCUCUUGCCACCUAAAUAACCCUGGCUGUAAGACCAGGGUUAGCUGAACCCUGAGUAGGAAUCCAGCAAGGAUACACGGUUCCUUGCCUGCUGCCUCCUCCUCUGCAUAGCCUGCACCCAGGCUGGCAGCAUCCUGUGACUAACUCUUCUAGACUGGAUUUCUCCAAGGGACGACCAGCGCUUAAUUUGGCUGACUCUGCGCUCUGCGGGAGCUCUCAUCCAUGCCAGCUUGAGUCCUAGCAAAAACCCAUCAUCAUUAGUCCUCGAAAGGAACAGCUCGGGUAUUCUCCACCCCCGCUCCUGCAGGCUGGGAUGUACUGUGCGUUCCCACAGACCGAAAUUCCCCUGGUAGGCUCAAUUACAGCAAUCAGCCUUCAUGCUCUUUUCAGUGGCACUGCUGCCUCCGACUCUGUCCGGCCACCGCGGUGGGGCCGGGAGCUGCAGCGUUCCCACAGGUGUCGGGGGAGAGGACACGGCUCAUCCAGCUACACCAGACCUGUGGAUAGGACUCUGUGUGGUGGUCAAAUAUGCUGCACAGAAGUUGAAGAUGGUGUUGGUCCAUACCCAGCAGGGAGAAUCUCGGUGUCCUGCAGCCACUACAAGAUGUCCAUCUCCAUGUGGCUGCAGGACAAAGGGCCAUUCAUCACGCUCCAAAGUGCUGCAAAAGGCUCCCGUGUUCCACCGGAGAAGUGCCUGCAUUUGAAUCCAAGCGAGAAAGUUUUCUCCCGGUGCUCCAGGCCGCUCCGGAGAGUAAUGGAGCUUGGUGCUGCUUUAGGAUUCUUUUGGGUGAGAUAUGGGGGCAAGCACCUUGUCAUGCGCCGCUCAGGCUCCAGCAAAUCUGGAGUGCCACUGGAGCUCCAGGGGAUCUCUCUCUGGAGCACAGGAGCUGGAUUCCCUCUCUUCAAACCUCCCAUUUUGGAAAUGCCUAUAAGCAAGAAACUGGGUCGCAUCCAGCUAAGCAGGGCUCAAGGACUUGCGGUGCACUCAGAAGUGGUGCAGGGGAGCCUGGAAGGGCGCGGGUGCUCUGCCUUCCUCCUCCCAGGUCUCCAUACAACCAGAGAAGAAAUAUUUGCAACCCUUACUUCAGCUUUCCAGCUUAGGGAGAGUCAUGCUUAAGCAGUGGACCACAGUUUUCAGUGGAAGCAAUAGAGCAUUGGUUAUUAGGAAGUAAUUCUAAACUGUGAGGGUGGUGAGGCACUGGCACAGGUUACCCAGGGAAGCUGUGGCUGCCCCAUUCCUGGA